AUGCCGCGUAUCGAAACAUGGGCCCGACGAACUGGAUCUGUUUUGCAGCGGAAAAGACCGAGCUCAUCUACCUCACCCGGAAAAGAUGCGAACAGCACCCACCAGGUGGGCAUGAGCGAGAAGGUUAUCUCACCCCUGCCCAAACCUAAGCUGCUAGGCGUGAUCUUUGGCGGGGGCUACGGUUAA